AUGCAGAGAUACCAGCUGUGCCUCUCGCUCAUCACUACGCUUUUAUGCACAGUUCUCCUCUUGGGCGUUACCCUGACCAUAGUUUUGCCAUUUGUGUCGCGUCGUGAAAUUGCUAAGAAAAUCGUACUCAGAAAUGGCAGUGAAAUAUAUGAUGCAUGGCUUUCUCCACCUGGUGAAGUCUACAUGCAAUUUUUCUUAUUUUCCGUGAUGAAUCCAUCAGAGUUUGUCGGAGGUAAACGACCGAUUCUUCAACAGCACGGUCCUUUCACAUACCGCCAGCGUCAGGAGAGGGUGAACGUGUCACUAGACCCCGAAAACGGCACGAUCAGCUACAGUAAUCGGAAAUUUUACGAAUUCGACCGAAAUCUCUCCAGUGCGGAUGAAAACACCAAUAUAAUCGCCCUCAAUCUGGCCUAUAUUGCAAUUGCAGAAAAGUCAAAAGAGUUCCCUAGCAUGAUCUCGUUCAUUAUGCGCAUACUAGAGUUGUAUUACAACGAAAACCUCUUUGUGAACAAGACAGCGAAAGAACUUAUCUGGGGCUACAAGAAUCCAGUACUGGACAUUGUGCGAAAACUGAUUCCUGUCCCAACGGAGAUAGGCCUUUUUGUUGGCAAGAACGGGACUGAGGAUGGAACCUACGUCAUUCGUGAUGGUGCCAGUGAUCCAGAGGAGCUAGGUCAAAUUGUGUCCUACCGCAAUUCGUCUUCUGUUUCUUGUUGGCUCACCAGCUGGGCCAACAUGAUUAAUGGAUCCGACGGCACGCUGAUACCACCGUUUCGCAGUCAGUUUGACCAAAUCUAUGUGUUUGCCCCCGAUGUCUGCAGGUCAUUUGCCUUCACGGCA